AUGGCUAUCCUCAAGAAAUCUACAAAACUAGCUCAAACAGCAAUGCUCAAGCAGAUUCUGAGGAGAUGUUCCAGCUUGGGGAAGAAGAAUGGAGGAGGAUAUGAACAAGUUGAUGAUCUUCCACUUGAUGUUCCAAAGGGACACUUCCCUGUCUACGUAGGACACAACAGGAGCAGAUACGUAGUCCCUAUCUCUUUCUUGACCAAUCUUGACUUCCAAUGUCUCCUUAGAAGAGCUGAGGAAGAGUUUGGUUUUGAUCACGACAUGGGUCUUACCAUUCCUUGUGACGAACUCUUCUUUCAAGAUCUGACUUCCAUGAUCCGAUGA